AUGUUGGGGUUUCCCCACCCCGACGAACCUCGGGGUCGAACAGUCACUCCAUCUGGAGAGAAAGGGCCGAAUAGCUAUGGAGUCUAUCUUACCCGCCGCCCGCGAAACGUUGCUGGCGGUCGAGGAGAAGUCAUGAGUGCGGAGUUUGGCGGAGUUGUAAACAUUACCUUGUUCGUUACCGACAUGUUGGUAUUAGCUAGGGAAGUGUUCGAACAUCAACGAGAAACUUAUUGA